CCCUCAUCCGAAUCUCUCUAAGCUUCAAAUCCUCACAAAUUAUUGGCGAUUUUUUUAUCAUAAAAAUUAUUUAUUAUUAUUAUUUCUGUGAUUUUCUUUUUUUUUUUCAAUUUAAAUAUUUCAUAUUUUUGACGUGUGGCAAUGAAUCUAUCGCACCAAAUCGCUGCAAUUUCUGGAACUCCGUUAGCAGUGGAGAGUGGAACCGGAGACGGGCCGGCGAAGGCGACGGUGGUGACAUCGGCGUUCUGGAAGAAUCCGGAGACGAAUCUUCGAGUUUCGGUGAGGAAAUCGGGAACUGAGGUGGACAGAGUGUCGCCGUCGCCGCCGAUCAGUCCGGUGAGGGGCGGGAUGCGGCAGGAUCUGUCGGCGGCUUGCCAGGCGUUGAUGGAGGCGCCGACGGCGGAGGCGAUGGAGAGGGAGUACAAGAUGGGGGUUUUGGGGCAGGGCAGGGGGAGAGGGGUUCCGGUGUUCGUGAUGAUGCCGCUGGACUCGGUUAAGAUGGAUCACACGGUGAAUCGGAGGAAGGCGAUGAAUGCUAGCCUGCAGGCGUUGAAGAGCGCCGGAGUGGAGGGGGUGAUGAUGGACGUCUGGUGGGGGCUGGUGGAGAAGGAGUCGCCGGGAGAGUACAACUGGGGCGGAUAUUCCGAGCUGCUGGAGAUGGCUAAGAAGCACGGCCUCAAGGUUCAGGCCGUCAUGUCCUUCCACCAGUGCGGCGGAAACGUCGGAGACUCCUGCACGAUUCCUCUUCCAAGGUGGGUGAGGGAGGAGAUGGACAAGGAUCCAGACCUUGCAUACACAGAUCAAUGGGGAAGGAGGAAUUAUGAGUAUGUAUCACUUGGUUGUGAUACCCUUCCAGUCCUUAAAGGAAGAACUCCUGUCCAGUGUUACUCUGACUUCAUGAGGGCCUUUAGGGACAGGUUUGAAGACAUGCUAGGUGACACCAUUGUGGAGAUUCAAGUCGGCAUGGGUCCAGCCGGAGAGCUCCGUUUUCCUUCCUAUCCUGAGCAAAAUGGGACUUGGAGGUUCCCUGGAAUUGGGGCUUUUCAGUGCUUUGAUAAGUAUAUGAUUAGCAGCCUGAAAGCCACAGCGGAAGCCAUAGGCAAGCCUGAAUGGGGUCACAACGGCCCAACCGAUGCCGGCCACUACAACAACUGGCCGGAAGACACCAACUUCUUCCGGAAAGAAGGUGGCUGGACCAGCCCCUACGGCGAAUUCUUCCUCUCCUGGUACUCCCAGAUGCUUCUGGACCACGGCGAGAGGAUACUGCAAUCCGCCAAAUCCCUAUUCGAGAAGAGCAGCGUCAAGAUAUCCGCCAAGAUCGCCGGAAUCCACUGGCACUACGGGACCCGGUCCCACGCCCCGGAGCUCACGGCCGGGUACUACAACACCCGAUUCCGGGACGGGUACCUGCCCAUCGCCCGGAUGCUCGGCCGCCACGGCGCCGUCUUCAACUUCACCUGCGUCGAGAUGCGGGACCACGAGCAGCCGCAGGACGCGCAGUGCGCCCCGGAGAAGCUGGUGAGGCAAGUGGCGCUGGCGGCGGGGGAGGCAGGGGUCCCGCUGGCGGGGGAGAACGCGCUGCCGCGGUACGACGGGUACGCGCACGAGCAGAUCCUGAGGACGGCGGCGGCGCUGGGCGGCGACGACAGGGACGAGAUGUGCGCGUUCACGUACCUGAGGAUGAGCCCGGACCUGUUCCAGGCGGAGAACUGGCGGAGGUUCGUGGCGUUCGUGAAGAAGAUGAGGGAAGGGAAGAGGGCGGAUCGGUGUUGGGAGGAGGUGGAGCGGGAGGCGGAGCACUUCGUGCACGUCACUCAGCCGCUGGUGCAAGAAGCCGCCGUUGCUCUCAUGCACUAAGUCUGAACCCGGCCGGCCGCCGGCCACCGUCGCUCUUGCCUUGUUCUAUUUCUUUAUCUAUAUAUAUGUAUAUUGUAGUUGGGCAAUUAGGAAGAGGGAUAUGGGUGUUCUUCCCUUUGCCAUGUUAUCAUAACAAGGAAACUUUUACAUCCUUGAAAAAUAUACUGCAUGCUCUGUACUACUGAUAAAAAUUUAAUUACCACUUUGUUUGCACUAAACCUACUAUAAUACUCCGUAAAAAAAUUUAAUUACUGUUA